AUGCGCUUCGCCAUUUUCAUCUUCAUCUCGACUUCUCUUGCGCUUCUCAUCCCGAGAUGCGACACAGGGUAUGCAAGGCUUGGCUCUGAUAAUAAUGCUGGAUCCCGUUCUAACGAGGCUUCCAACAGCGAUCAUGCCUCUUCUUCCAUCGAUGCUCGUGAGCUGAACCCAUCUGCCGCCGUCGUUGCGACUUCAGCUUCAAAAUCAACAUAUCCAUACACCAAAAAGAUCAAGACUGUUUCGACUCAGCCCACCACAACACCGUUGCCAACACGUGCGUUGACGACCGAGGUUGAAGAUCCUGAAGAUUGUGUCCCUCACUCAAUUUGUGUGGACAAGAUCAGUCCUUGCGGUAAACGCUAUGGAGGAUGCUAUGACGAGAACUUCUGUGAUGGCAACACAAGCCCAUACCCCAUUCCUACUUGUCCCACAAUGGUGACCAAGAAGCGAGAACCCGUCCCAGCGCCAACCAUCACACCAGCUUAA